GGCCACUCGACAGAGGUAAUGGCGAGCACUAGAGAGCGCUAGGCGGCGGACAUAUUGGGGAAGACACAGCACCUGGAAGUAGAGUGGAUAUACUGACCGCUCCUGUGGCGAGAUGACGGUGUGCGCCAUGUUCGGCUGUAAGAAUCGCAUGCACAAGGGAUGUGGGAAACACUUCUUCAGGUUUCCCAUGAAAGACCCAGAACGUCUCGCUAAGUGGAUUGAAGCUGUCCAGAGAGAUGAUUGGAACCCCUCCAUUCACAGCAAAGUCUGCAGUGACCACUUCACGGAGAAAGACUACAUGAUACGUCCUGGUGCUGCCUGUCCUUACUUGCGUAUGGAUGCUGUGCCCACUCCCAUCUAUCCUAUUCAACGGAAGAAAAAGACUAAAAAGAGAAAAUAUACCAAGAAAACAGCAAGUGAAAAUUCUGAACUCAAGGAAGUGAAGGAUGGGAAUAUGACUCGGGAGACCCCGAGUGAGUGUGGUGUGAACUGCAGCCGUGGGGAGGAAAUGGAAACACAGAGUGAAGUGAAAGUAAUGGAAAGACAUGUCGAAAAGCAGGGAACUCAGAUGGAGGAAGGGGCACAGGGCAAGAAUCAGACAGCGGAGACAUGGCAGAUAAAGAGUGAGGAUGGAACACAGGCAGUAGAUAAGCAGGUUGAGAAGCAGGUGGUGGAAUUGCAGGUUGAGAAGCAACCAAUGGAGUUGCAGGUUGAAAAGCAGGUGAUGGAAUCACAGGUUGAGACCCAGGAGGUGGAAUCUCAGAAUGAGAAGCAGGCAGUGGAAUCACAGGUUGACAAGCAGGCGGUAGAAUCACAGAUUGAGAAGCAAGCAGUAGAAUCACAGGUUGAAAUACAGGUGUUGGAAUCUCGGGGUGAGAAGCAGGAGGUGGAAUCUCGGGGUGAGGAGCAGGCAGUGGAAUUGCAGGUUGAGGAGGGAAGAAAAAAUGAGGAGCAGACAGUUGAAGUACAAGGCGGGAAAAAUGAGGAGGAAACACAGGACAAAAAGCAGAUUGCAGAAGGGCAGGAAGAGAAGCAGGCAAUGGAAAUAAAGAACACGAAGAAUGGGGAGAAAACACAGAGUGAGAAGCAGGCCGCGGAAGGUCAGAGUGAGAACAUGAAGGCAGUAGCAACGAAUGAGCCUCAGGUAGUAGAAACUCGGGGUGCAAAUAUGGAAUCGGAAACCCACGAUCAGCAGGAAGUGGAUGCGCAGGUAACAGAAGGUGAAAGGGUGGAAACAACACAACCUGCUGAAAAGCAAACGGUGGAGGCAAGGGGCAAGAAGCAGGGGACAGGGGCACUGACUGGGAAUCAUUUACCAGACAUGACCGUUGUAGUAAACCAGACUAGUUGGAACCUGCCACCCAGACCUCCUUGUGAGAACAUGGCUGAUUACAUUCCUGUUGACCAUGCGUACUUUGCUGUUUCUGGCGACAAGGAGAACGAUGUCCCCGCCCCUGUUGCUGACCCACAAGUUGUUAAAUUACGGCGAAAGAUCAAAACCUUACAGAAGCAAGUUCUGCGCCAAGGAGUCAAGAUCAAGAGCCUGAAAAAGACACUGGUUGAUUUACGGAAGAACAACAUGAUGGAGAGAGAUCCAGAGCAGGUGAUUGCAGAGCACUGUAGUGGCCUCACUCAGGUUCUGUUCACACAGCAGCUGAAAAAUGGUUACCGGCGGCACAGUGUCACCCAGUACUCCAGCCUCAUGAAGGAGUUUGCUUUGAAUCUGUACUAUGCCUCUCCAAAGGCCUACAAAUUCUGCCGCCUGUUUCUGUGUCUUCCACACCCUGUAUCGCUAAGAAACUGGAAAGCGGCCACUGAGGGGAACCUGGGACCUUCAGCAGAGGAAUGGGCACAUGAAGAACAUGCACCAGGGAUAUCUGCAUGUGAGGGGCAUUUAUUGGAUACUCCAAUGCAGGAAUUUUCUUUGCAAGGGCCAUCGAGUCAAGAGGGACAUUUGCCAGAGGUCACAAUGGAGGAAGGACAUUUAUCAGUGAUUUCAGUGCCAGAGGAACAUUUGUCAGUGAUUCCAGUGUCGGAGGAACAUUUGUCAGUGAUUCCAGUGCCGGAGGAACAUUUGUCAGUGAUUCCAGUGCCGGAGGAACAUGUGUCAGUGAUUCCAGUGCCGGAGGAACAUUUGUCAGUGAUUCCAGUGCCGGAGGAACAUUUGUCAGUGAUUCCAGUGCCGGAGGAACAUUUGUCAGUGAUUCCAGUGCCGGAGGAACAUUUGUCAGUGAUUCCAGUGCCGGAGGAACAUUUGUCAGUGAUUCCAGUGCCGGAGGAACAUUUGUCAGUGAUUCCAGUGCCGGAGGCACAUUUGUCAGUGAUUCCAGUGCCGGAGGCACAUUUGUCAGUGAUUCCAGUGCCGGAGGCACAUUUGUCAGUGAUUCCAGUGCCGGAGGCACAUUUGUCAGUGAUUCCAGUGCCGGAGGAACAUUUGUCAGUGAUUCCAGUGCCGGAGGAACAUUUGUCAGUGAUUCCAGUGCCAGAGGAACAUUUGUCAGUGAUUCCAGUGCAGGAGGGACAUUUGUCAUUGAUUUCAGUGCAGGAAGGAUGUUUGUCAAUGAUUCCAGUACAGGAAGGAUGUUUGUCAGUGAUUCCAGUGCAGGAUGGACACUCAUUGGUAAUUCCAGUGCAGGAGGAACAUUUGUCAGUAAUUCCAAUGCAGGAGGAAUAUUUUCAGGAAAAAGCACAAGAAUGAACGUUGCUUCAUAAAACAAAACUGCUGUGCUAUCCAGUUUGUUUAAAGGAGACCUACCAAGAGCAUUCUACAAAAGCAACUUUACUGCACAGAAAAUCAGUUCAGCGUUGUCAUAGUGUGGCUCUAAAUUGCAAUCAAUUUCUAUAAUCCAGUUAACUUGAACAGUGGUAGUUAUGAUAGUUAUUGAUGGGAAUGCUGAUUGGGUUCCAAACAAUGUUCCUGUGGCAAUACUGAAAUGCCACAGUACAUGACAGGUAGUUUUGUCAUGGGGACAUCAGAACAGAUUCAGAACAGAGGCUCGGUUACAUGAUUUGCAAACCCACAGCUUCAUGAUGGUAGAUCUACAGCUGAAGCGUUGGGCUUCAGGGUAGUGGGAAUGUCUCUAUAAAAGUGAAGUCUCCUUUAAGAAUAUGUUAAAGGCUAUGAACACAUUUGGGGCAUUUUUUUAGGAUUGCAUUUUACUAAUUUUGGGCUAAAAAUAUAUAUUUUAAAUAGUUCUUAUUAAACAUUUUCAGCCGUUUUUGAGAUACAGGGGUUAAAAAUCAGUCUGUUUGCAGAGUAUCACUUCUCAUUCCUAUAAGUGACGGCUCAUGUGACGCUCCUGCCCUCAGUUUGAUAGUUUUUAUGAGGUCAGGAGAUCAGAUAUAAGGCUUCACAUGAUGGGACUGAGAAGUGAUAUUCUGCAACCAGACUGAUUUUAAAAAUCAUACCCUUGUAUGUCAAGAACGGCUGAAAAUUGUUAAUAAAGACCAACUGAAAACAAUAGUUAUUAGCCCAAAAGGAGUAAAAUGCAAUCAUAAAAAAAUUACUCAAAGGUGUCCAUAGACUUUAAAGCUUUACUUUUCAUUUUGCUUUAAUUAUAAUUGAACUGAGUAGAAUUAAAGAAGCUUUCCAGAGAGAAUUUGAAAAGAAAGGGCCAAAAAAUGUUACAAAUUACAAAGAAGCAUUACUCAUCUCCGCCAGUCACCCACCCCUGCUAUUCCAAUGCUGCUUUGGUCCUAGCUGCUCUCAACCUGAGUGGGCAUUUCAAGCAUGUUAAGCUGGGACAGGUAGUGGAGAGGUGGAGAGCGCGGGGACCAGUGUCAGAGUGACAUUGGCAGGGGAUCGGUGGAAGUGAGUAAUGCUUCUUUAUUUUUUACAUUUUUUGACAUGUUUUUGUAUUUAAAUCCUCCCCAGGAAACCCCUUUAACAUCUGCUACAGUAACAACGUCAUAACCUCAUCUCAUAUUUUUAAGAAUCUUGCUGUGGGCCGUAGGUCUGUCAUGUCCUAUGCAAAUAAACUGGAGAUGUUGCAAUACACUGCACUGGUAUAUGACUGAUGUGCUAGUUUGUGGUGUAAUCCUUAUUGCUUCCCCCUCUCACUGAUGUAAAGUGACUUCUGGAGGCACACAAUUGUUAUUUUGUUUUAUUCACCAAUCCCUAGAUCAGUGGUGGCGAACAUAUGGCACGGGUGCCAGAGGCGGCACUCAAAGCCCUCUCUGUGGGCACCCACGCCCUGGAAAAAGUCUAUGGUGUACCAAUAUGCCUUAUGUCCCUUUCACAUGGGCGUCGCGGAAGAGGUCAGGAUGCGUUGCGGGAAGCCCGCAAUUUCAGUCAGUUUUGUCUGCGAUUGCGUUGUGUUGUUCAGUUUCUUCCGUGCUAGUGCAAAGCAUUUUAAUGGU